CAGAUCGGUUCUGUUAUUGUUGCCCGCACUCCACGAGAGUUUGGAUUCUAACACUGAGAGCCCGUGGGCGGAAGUCGCAGGGGCACUGUGUGUCCUGUGCAGAGUUCUCUGCGGUGUUGUGAGAGGUUCUGAGGACGGGCUGAGCGUCAUAUCACUGCAGAGCCUCAGUGCCCAUGGUACACACACACCUGCGCCCUCACUGUGGCAACAACGAGGUUAAUUCCUCAUCUCCUCACAAGUCAAAGGCCGAAGGCAGGCCACAUCAGCCAGGCUGUGGGAUUUUCCUACCUCACCACAGCUGGCCUCUCUGCUCAGCUGCUCUCCUGGGAACCCUAGCCACUCACCCAGCUUCCAGUUUCUGAGAAAAUUGCGUCAGCCAGCAAAGAGGCAAGAGAGGAAGCAUACCUGCUGACAUGAAAUUGUCUCAGAAGCCCCAGAGACUGCACCCACAGGAGCAAGAAGGGUCCUGUGAGAGAUUGGUGUCCUUUGAGGAUGUGACUGUGGACUUCAGCCAGGAGGAGUGGCGACGCCUGAACCCCGCCCAGAGACUUCUGUACCAGGACGUGAUGCUGGAGAUCUACAGCCACCUCUUGGCAGUGGGCUACCCUGUUCCUAGCCCUGGGGCCAUCUUCAGGAUAAAGAAAAGAAAGGAGGCACAGACGGGAGAGGCCAAGUUCCCACAUCGUUGUUGGUGUCAAGAAGUGGAAUCAGAGUCUUACACUCCUCAACAGAAAGUGUCUGAGAAGGCAGCAUUUCAAACUAGUAAGGCAAGUGCAGUCACAAGGCAUGGCUUGUGGUGCUCGACUUUAGAAGAACUGUGGCAAGAUCCUGACCCUGCGCAAAGAGAUCGGCAACACCAGAUCCUACCCUGGAGUCCUCGUGUUUGCCUUAACAAGAAAAUACAGAGAGCAGAUAGAGACUGUAGAUGUAAAGAGCCCAGGGGAACCACUCCCUUCGUAGCUAACCUUAUUUCUACACAAAAGGGAGCUCCAAAGUUACUUGCAAAACAUUUGAAUCCUAACCUUGAAGCAAAUGGUGAAGAACAAGACAAUGUCACAAAACAGCUUAAUGAUAUUGUUAUAGCUGCUCACCUCCUCACGCAAGACUCUUGUAAUGCUAACUGUACAAUUCUUGGUGAAGGCUGGAAUCCAUCCAAAGGUAACCAGUGCAGGAAAGUUCCCACCCAUAAACAACAACUUACAGAGAAAGGAGUUCAUUCUCGUGAGAAACUAGAUGAAGGCACGGAAUGUAAAGUCUUCUAUGAUGAGUCUGCUUUCUGUAAACACCAGGCAGCUCACGCUGGAGAAGGACCUUUUGUCUGUCACAAGUGUGGGGAAGCCUUCCUCCAGAAGACAGAAUUUGCCUCCCAUCAAGAAACUCACCCAGAGAAACCUUACGAGUGUCCCGACUGUGGGAAAUCGUUUAGUCGAACGUCCAACCUGCAGGUUCACCAUCGAAUUCACACUGGAGAGAAACCUUAUGAGUGUCGUGACUGUGGCAAAUCAUUCAAUAAUACAUCCCAACUGAAGGUACAUUAUCGGAUACAUACAGGGGAGAGACCUUACGUGUGUCCCGUAUGUGGGAAGGCCUUCAAGCAGAAGUCAAUCCUCAGCACGCAUGAGACAAUUCACACUGGGGAGAAGCCUUACAAGUGUACCGUUUGUGGGAAACUGUUCAGCUGUACGUCCCGACUGAAAGUGCACUAUCAGAUUCAUGUGAAGGAGAAACCUUAUGAAUGCGGUGACUGUGGGAAAGCCUUCAAGCGAAAGUCAAGCCUCACCGUUCACCAGAAGCUCCAUAUCAGACAAACACACCACGUGUGCAGCGAGUGUGGGAAAACGUUCAACCAGAAGUCAGAGCUCAGCACUCACCAGAGACUUCACCUGGGCAAGAAUUCUCACAGAUGCAGUGACUGUGGGAAGUCAUUCACUUACGCAUCCCAACUGAAGAUGCAUCAUCGGGUUCACACGGGGGAGAAGCCCUACAAGUGCCGGGACUGUGGGAAAUCCUUUACGUACUCAUUCACACUGAAUGUGCACCACCGAAUUCACAAGGUGGAGAAGCCACACAAGUGCAGCGUCUGUGGGAAAGCCUUGGCGUCUAAAUACCAACUGGAAGAGCAUGAGCGAAUUCACACAGGAGAGAAACCUUAUGUGUGUACUGAAUGUGGAAAAGGCUUCCAUGGUAGGUCAGGUUUCCUAAGACAUCAGAUAACUCACACUAGGGAUAAACCUUUUGUCUGUCAUAAAUGUGGGAAGGCCUUCUUUCAGAGAUCUCAGUUGACAUCUCAUCAGCAAACUCACACAGGAGAGAAGCCUUAUAAGUGUCAUUACUGCGGGAAAUCAUUCAGUCACACAUCCCAACUGACGGUCCAUCAUCGAAUUCACACAGGGGAGAGACCUUACAAAUGCAACUACUGUGGGAAGUCAUUCAGUAAUUCCUCCCAACUGAAAGAGCAUCUCCGAAUUCAUACCGGGGAGACACCUUAUGCAUGUUCUGAAUGUGGGAAGGCCUUCAGCCGACGAUCGUCCCUCAAUCUACACACAAAAAUUCAUACUGGAGAAAAACACCAUAUAUGUAGUGAGUGUGGGAAAGCCUUUAGUCAGAAAUCAGUACUGCGGACACAUCAGAGAAUACACACUGGGGAAAAGCCUUACAAAUGCAGUGUCUGUGGGAAGGCCCUGGCUUCAAAGGGCCAACUUCGAGACCAUCAGCGGAUUCACACUGGUGAGAAACCCUACGUGUGCCCUGAAUGUGGGAAGGGUUUCUUUGGCAGGUCAUCUUUGCAUAGACAUCAGAUAACUCACACUAAGGAGAGACCUUUUGUCUGUCAAAAAUGUGGGAAGACCUUCAUCCAGAAGUCAGCACUGACGUCCCAUCAGCAAAUUCACACGGGCGAGAAGCCCUAUGUGUGCCCUGAAUGUGGGAAGGGCUUCUACAAUAAGUCAUCUUUACCUAGACAUCAGAUGACUCACACUAGGGGGAGAUCUUUUGUCUGUCAAAAGUGUGGGAAGGCAUUCCUCCAGAAGUCUGUGUUGAAAUGCCAUCAGCGGACUCACACUUGCAAGAAGCCUUAGGAAUGCCAUAGGAAAUUGUUCAUAACACAAUGCACUGAAGGGCCCUCAUCAUCCCUACAUAGAAAUGCAGAGAGCAUCCCAGCUGGAUGUGCAGCCCUGGGUCUAGACUGGAGAGAGACACUACUGUGUCCUGAGUGUUAAAAGGCUUUGAACAGCAUGUCAGAUUAUAAUAAAUAGCAAGCAGCUCAUACCAGACACAGUUCUUUUUAGGCUCAGUUUUUGUGUGAAGCACAUUUCCUCAUAGUCUAUAAACAUAUCCUUAGCUGAAGUAUAAUCUUUAAAUUACUUGAAGAGAAUGUUUUAAAAGAAUUUAUUGGGGCUGGAGAGAUGGCUUAAGAGCACCGACUGCUCUCCCAGAGGUCCUGAGUUCAAUUCCCAGCAACCUCAUGGUGGCUCACAACCAUCUGUAAUGGGAUGGGAUGCCCUCUUCUGGUGUGUCUGAAGACAGCGAUAGUGUACUCACAUACAUGAAAUAAACCUUUUUUUUAAAA